UCAAUCUUUGCAACCCAACGGCUGGCCAGCUUUUGUCAGUAGUUCGCCAUCCAUCUGUCGGGCCGCGUGUAGUGCGUGCACGCGUGGAGCGUACAUGUGGGAACGUGCAUGUGUUCGUACGUGCCUUUGUGUGUGUGCAAGUGUCAAAAAUCGCUCGUUUACGACCGAAUUGAAUGAUUUGACUGGAGAGAAGAAAAGGUGAAUUCACAGGUGUUUGAUUGAGAAUUGGUGCCCAAGUGCGUGCGUGCGUGUGUGUGUGUUGAUUUUUUUUUCGGAAAGCAGCGACUGCAAGGUUCGUGUCCAGUUGGCAACAAGCGGCAUCCCAUGGAGACGCCCAGUUUUUGGUCGAAGAAGCAGCGAGGAAGCGAAGAAUGAAAAGUGUUUACUUUCACGUGCUUCCCGAAAGUCCCGCAACCGUGGCCUGUGGUUGUGUGCGUGUGCUAAAACGUCGGCGGCCGCACGAUACGCGACCGGUUUGUGGUGGUUACACUUCCUGGAAACCCCCGCGUGUCCCGUAAUUGGUCAACGUGGUAGCGCUCAGCCAGGGUCAGGCAAGGGAAGGCAUUAUCAUCCACAAGCCGCGCUCAUCUAAUACAUGCAAACUUCAUCGGUAGUUCAGAGUUGGAGAGCGGCAACAGCAAUCGUGUUUUCCCAUCCCGUUGACGUCAGUGGUGCGUGAAGUGUCGAAAGACCGCGUUUGCAAGAUAGAAGCGCAAGGACAGUGAGAAGGACGGUUUGUUUCCGAGCGGCACUCGUGCGCCGUUACGCCCGUAAAAGUGGAUCGAUCUUGCGCCUCGGCGGCUUCCGCGACGGGUUCACCGACGGCUUCCCUGCCCAGCUGCACCAAGCUAGUCCGAUGCUCGAGAGCUGCUGCCUUGACGGACGAACCGGACACAGUGAGCGUAGAGUUAGAAGAGCACCGCGGCCGGCUUCAAGUGGCUUCCGAGCGGCCAACGCCCUGCCAGCAGCCUAAGCUUGCCAUCGCACAGCUAGCCUCGCUUGCUUCGAUCAGUACCGCCGCCACCGCUACGCAGCAGAUCAUUACCACCACCGUCGUCAACGACAGCAACCACCAGAGCAUCGCCGCCGCAGCAUCAGCAGCAGCAGCAGCAGCAGUAGGCGAGUCCAGCACUACACAGCAACCGCUCCCGCAGCGUGACGUCGGUAGCUCCACCAAUACAGCACUUCCAUCGCAGGACACGCCGCCGGAAGCGGACGGAUCGUGCUCGACAUCGCAACGACCACCGGCAGGCAGGUGCUCGCCGACACCUUCCACCUCGACGGCGGUUGCACCGGCACCGCGCCGAAUAUGCACCUUGAAGGUGAAGAUCUUUCUCAUCAAGCAUCUGUCUAAGCUAGUCGCGUGCAACAAGAAAAUGUUCCUGCCCGUCAAAUCCAACACGUCUCCGACUGCCAACGGUGAAACGGUAAACGGCGGCGAGGAUGUCACCACUGUAACAUGCAACUCCACGCAAACCCCCAGCGAUCUCAGCCCACCGAACAUGUCGAACGACGACAUACUGCCGCAGGCCCACCACCAGAACCCCGGCCACUGCAUAGCUUCCUUCUCCGCCAUCAAUCGCAUGCGGCAGAAUGCACAGCUGUGCGAUGUUACGCUGGAAGUUGGGGGUGAAACGAUCAAUGCACACAAAGUCAUACUUGCUUCUGUUUCGCCAUACUUCUACGCCAUGUUCAAUGACGACAUGCUCGAGCGGAACUGCGACGUGGUCACGCUGCACGAUAUUGACCCUUCGUCACUGAAGCAGCUCAUCGAGUACGCGUACAGUGGUGAGAUCACCAUCACCGAGGAUAACGUACAGGUACUUCUUCCCGCCUCGAGCCUGCUGCAGAUCCAGUCGGUCCGUGAAGCGUGCUGCAAGUUUCUGCUACGUCAGCUCCAUCCCUCCAACUGUCUGGGAAUUCGAAGCUUCGCCGAUGCUCACUCGUGCAAGGAACUACACUCCCGAUCCCACCGGUACGCCCUGCAGAACUUCCAACAAGUCGUCGGCACGGAGGAGUUUUUAUUGCUCGGAUUUAAUGAGGUGCAGGAUUUGAUUUCCAAUAGCCAGCUAAACAUCUGCUCGGAGGAGAAGGUGUUCAUGGCGGUGCUGAACUGGGUGAAGCACGAUCUCAGCGAGCGCAAGAAGCACAUAUCCGAGCUGAUGUCGCACGUCCGACUGCCGCUAGUCAGCCGCGAGUUUCUCAUGAACUGCGUCGAAACGGAGGCGCUCGUGCGGGAAGAGUCCCACUGCAAGGAGCUGCUGCUGGAGGCGAUGAAGUACCACCUGCUGCCCGAGCAGCGCAGCUCCCUCGUGAGCCAGCGGACGCUCGAGCGCCGCCCGGAGGGUAUGCGAUCGUACAUCUUUGCGGUGGGCGGCGGCAGUCUGUUCGCCAUCCACAACGAGUGCGAGUGCUACAACCCCAAGACGAACGCGUGGAUGACGAUCUCGCCGAUGAUUUCGCGCCGGUCGCGGGCCGGCGUCACCUCGCUCCGGAAGCUGCUGUACGUGGUCGGCGGGUACGACGGCGAGAACGAUCUGGCGACGGCCGAAUGCUACAACCCGCUCACGAACGAGUGGACCAACAUUACGCCCAUGGGCACGAAGCGGUCCUGUCUGGGCACGUGCGCCUUCGACGGGCUGCUGUACGUGUGCGGCGGGUACGAUGGAGCGUCCUGCUUGAGCAGCGUCGAGCGGUACGACCCACUGACCGGUGUGUGGACGUCCUGUCCGGCGAUGAGUACGCGGCGGCGGUACUGCCGGGUGGCGGUGCUGGACAACUGCAUAUACUCGCUCGGUGGGUUCGAUUCCAGCAACUAUCAGUCGUCGGUGGAGCGGUUCGAUCCGCGCGUCGGCAGCUGGUCGUCCGUGCCGAGCAUGACUUCGCGCCGCAGCAGCUGCGGGGUGGCCGCCCUGGACGGCUAUCUGUACUGUAUCGGUGGCAGCGACGGUACGAUGUGCAUGCAGACGGGCGAACGGUUCAAUCUGCGCACGAACGCCUGGGAACCGAUCAGUGCCAUGCAUUCGCGAAGAUCAACGCACGAGGUGGUGGAAGCGAACGGAUUCCUGUACGCACUCGGCGGUAACGAUGGCUCCUCGUCGCUCAACUCGGUCGAGCGGUACGAUCCGAAGGUGAACAAGUGGACGAUCGUCACCUCCAUGCUGACGCGGCGCAGCUCGAUCGGUGCCUCGGUGCUGGAGUGUUUCAAUCUCGAGCGUGGCCUCCUCCAAACCAGCAUUUGACCACUGAGCUGUCCCAAUGGUGGUGGUGCUGCUGCUGCUGCAGCGGCCGGUGCUACUUCUACGUCUGGACCAUCCGAUAGCAGUGCAGGCACACCGCCGAGUCAGUAAGUAUGUGCUGCGUGCGUUGCGGGGGGAAAAACUCCGCAAAAAUCAGUCAUUAUUAUUAGAUAAAACAUAAUUAAACAGCUAGGCUAGCCAAAACCAGGUUGGAAGGAUGGGUUGGGUUGUCGGGAAAGCUCUUUCCCUCCGUUUGGAUACAAUGUCGCUUAAGUGUAAGAAGCUGUGCGCGCAUUCAAACAGCAAUUUUGCAGCAGUCUUAGUUAAGCUCACUCUGCUCCCGCUCAGCCCGCAGGCUUUUAAGGAAGACUAAAGAGAAAGAAUGGUUUCGCCCCACACUCUCACCCGAGUUCUAGUAAAUUCAGGGUGCAGUUUGCCGCCUGUGGCUCUGAACAUAAUCCUU